CUGAUGCCUUCCCUUCAUGAUACCUCUAGCGCAGCGUACAAAAAGGCGCAACGCCAGCACCAAAAGACAACAAAGAAUCGAAACAAUGCAGUUGAUGCAGACUGGACACCAUUUAGGGCUGCUGAGAAGAUGUACAAGGCGCGGUUUCCCCCUCCCAGCCUCGCCAAUGUCUUGGACCUAGCUACUUUAGACGAAGCAAGAUCAAAGGAAAUCGAGGCUGGGGUUUGGGUCGGACGCUCGGAAGCCGUCGAAUUUAGAGAAAUCAAGCUCAAGGACGCGAGAACGGCAUAUGCGAUACCAUCGAUACCUGGUCUUGUCAUUCUUCCGUCUUUUCUGUCGCACAAGAAGCAACAAGAUCUCAUUCGUUGGUCGCUAUCUACUCAGGCGCGACAUCCCAAUCCGACGAAUCUGGAUACUCACUACUUUCUCCCGGAAGAGGGCCUUUGGAAUGUACACGAAGAUGUGGUAGUGCAACCACGACCCGCGGGCCCUUCAUCUGCGCCUUACGAGUCCACUGGGCCCCGACAGCUGAUAAACAAUACCCCAGCAAGCACUGACAACUUUAAAACCAUGGUAGAAACACCCAAACCUCCUCCAACUCCAUCAGUGACUGCCCAGCCGCUUCCAUGUUCCCAUCUUCUGCGCAAACUACGAUGGGCAAAUAUUGGGUGGUUCUACCACUGGGGAACGAAGCAAUAUGACUUUGCAAAGGGUAAGGAACCUGUUGACGAUGUUUUGAGCGAUGUCUGUAAAGAGGCUGUACGAAUAAUUGACUGGGACGAAAUAUAUAAUGCUUCGGAUGAGCUAGAGUGGGGUGAUGAACAGCUUUCUUGGAAGUCGUGGAACGAGAGUUAUGAGCCAGACGCUGGCAUUGUGAAUUUCUAUCAGACCAAAGAUACCUUGAUGGCCCAUGUCGACCGGUCUGAAGUAUGCGCUACUGCUCCACUAGUGUCCAUAUCUCUUGGUAACGCAGCUGUCUUCCUGAUUGGAGGACUAACACGGGACACUGAACCUGUACCGAUUCUUCUCCGAUCUGGAGAUAUCGCUAUCAUGUCUGGUCCUGCCUGUCGAAGGGCAUACCACGGCGUCCCACGUAUACUAGAUGACACACUCCCACCACAUCUCUCUGAUUCUGGAGAUGAGGAUUGGGCACGAUAUGCGAGCUACAUGAGUACGACGCGGAUCAACAUAAAUGUUCGACAAGUGUUUCCUCGAGAUUUUGUUCCCGCGAUAUUACCAUAAUUAGUAAUUAAUUGAAAAUAGUAAAGUGAAUUUAUAGAAAUCACAUGUAAAUUUGAACCUCUGGGUU